CAGCUACUUGCAGACCUAUUCUGGAAACGUUGGCACAAAGAAUUCUUAGUUACGCUACAAAGUCGAAGGAAGUGGGCACACAAUCAGAGGAAUUUAUCCGUUGGUGAUGUUGUGUUACUGAAGGAUAGGUCAGUGCAUCGUUGUGACUGGAAGAUGGCAAUGGUGGAACAAGUGUAUCCGAGUGAAUCUGACGACAAAGUCCGUAAAGUAAGACUUCGUGUAAAUAGAGACGGUACCAACGUGUAUUAUACUCGCCCAGUCACGGAGACUGUCCUUCUGAUUGCGAUGUAACAAUGUUCCAGAUUCUUAAAGACUGCAAUUUGAUAUUUGAACAUUUUUUACAUUUUUUACGUUACUAGGUUCAUAGUGAUAUCAUUCGAUAUCAGACGGGGAGUGUAAUGUUUAUCAACAUUUAAUUUUGUAUGUUUUUUUAGAGCUAGAGUUAUCUUUCUUUAUCCAUUUGUUAUCUGUCAUAAUUGCAAGAGUUAUCUUUUUUAUUUGUAAUUUUGGAGUUAUUUUUCCUAAAAUCCUCACUUCCUGUGUUCAUUUCCUGUGUGACCCACACAUAGAGACCAUGCUAUAUUUUCUUCAUUUUUUUGACUUGAGCUGCCACACACUUUCUUUACCGUUAUCACAAUAAAAUCGAUGCACUGAUUGUUGUGUGUGGUUAACUAUCUGCAAUAUACAGGCAGAAUAGUAAAGAAAGUGUACAGCGAUGUCAGAGAUGGAAGGAAGAGUACGCACGUUAACUCCAGGAGGCCACGAGUUGUACCAAGCCAACUUGCAGUCCUACUUGAGCACCCUCAAGAAAGCCUGGAGAGUUUUUGAAGCAAUCUUGACAGGAUUUGAUGACUCUCGCUCAGAUAUCAAGUAUCUACGGGAAAUUGAAGAGAAAUUCGAGAAAGCCAAAUCUGAAUACAUGGAAAGUUAUGAGACCCUCAUUUCCUUUCUCAGACGCUCUCGUACAGAUGAAGGUGAUUCAGAGAUGGACAACCAGAUAAUUCGACACAAGAAAUGUGUUAGUGUAAUUAAUAACUUUGAUCAUCAGAUUCAAGACUUGCUUAUAGAUGCUGCUGAAAUAUUUUCCGAGAAAUCUGAAACAAGAUCUGAACUCUCUAUCUCAAACAGCAGUCGUCGUUCCUCGGCAUCUGAGAAAAAACAACAGGGUACUAUGACACAGUUAAAGAAACUCCAGUAUGCUGAAAAGGAAACAGAGCUCCAGAAGCAGAAAGCCUUACUUGAAGCCAAAAUAAGACUCUUAGAGUGUCAGAAGAAUGUAGAUUCAUUGAAAGCGGAAAUAGAUGGCCUUGAGGAUCAAGGAUCUCAAAUAUAUGUACCUUCAUUACCGGAACGACAUCCUUUAGACAGUAAUGAUUCGUUACGUGCAACUAAACGAGAAUACACAGCAAACUAUGUUAGUGAACAUUAAAAGUUUAGUGAAGCAAAGAGUGAUUAUGUGUUCUUUGAACAACUGAAUAAAAAGGAUCACAUGGACAAAGAGGAUACCAAAGAUGCUAGAGACACUUUAUCACAAACCAAUGUGAAGACACCAGUUAAACCUGCCAUUCGUAAUGUCAAUAACGUCCCCCUGAAUCCAACAGCUCAGGAAUUCUAUCCGUACUCACAUGUUGGAGUGACUGCCAACUUGACACAAUUUUUUCUGAAAAAAGAUCUUCUGAUGUCGCGGUUCAGUCCAUUCAACGAUAAGCCGG